UGGGCGUAUCCGGAUGAGUUUGUUUUGUAACAGUUAUGCAGGUGUUUUUGUAAAUCUCUGUUCUUGCGGCACUUUGUACAUGAUUCUUUUAUAUUUCUUUUAACAACCGCUGUGUUUGUGGUGUUGAUAAAUGGCGAGCGUUGACCUUGUUGAAGUUGGAAAGAAUUUGGUGAAGAGUGCUGAUACUGGAGAUAUGGUAGAGCUCCAGUCUCUGUGGAACAACCAGGUUGUAGUCUUGUUCUUCUUGCGCAGGUUUGGCUGUCAGGUGUGUCGGUGGAUGGCAACAGAGGUCAGCAAACUGGAGCCGGACCUCAGAGCCGCUGGAGUAGCUCUGGUGGGCAUUGGACCCGAGGAGAUGGGACUGAAGGAGUUCAUAGAAGGAGGGUUCUUUAAAGGAUCACUUUUUAUUGAUGAAAAAAAGAAAACCUACAAUGAUUUGGACUUCAAAAGGUACACUGCUUUAAGUGUGGUUCCUGCUGUGCUGGGGAGCAAAGUGCGAGAUGCAAUUGCAAAGGCCAAAGCUGUCGGAAUCCAGGGGAAUUUUUCAGGAGAUUUGCUUCAGAGUGGAGGCAUGCUCAUUGUCGCCAAAGGUGGUGAAAAGGUUUUGCUGCAUUUCAUCCAGGAUUCACCAGGAGACUACAUACCUUUGAAUGAUAUUUCCAAAGCUUUGGGCAUCUCAAGCAAAGCACAAGCAGGACAGAUGCCAGUGUGCAAUGAUGCCAUUUGUUCUCUCUGAAGACUCCGUGCUGGAGUUCCUGAAUGCCACCUGUGCUUUGAAAAGUUGAAAUAAACAUGAAGAAUGGCAAGUUAUUUAUACAUUGCCAGUAUAUUUGAUUUCUUAUAACUGAUUUGUCACAAUGCGACAUCCUUCUUAUGUGGUGAGUGCCAUAUUUAACUUUCAUCAUUUACAUGUCAAUUACUGUACUUGUUUUAAUCAACUUGUAUAUGCAUUUAUAUGUUGUACAGCUUAUAAAAUACGUUUCUUUGCAUAUCUGGAAUAAUAACAUUUUCCAAAUAGAUAAUGGUUUUUAACAUUUUGUCACAAAACAUACACAUUCUUAUUUAAGACUAAUUUGUUCAGUAAUAAAUGAAAAUGGCUUGUUUUGCCUUUUACUGUGACAGUUCCUGUUUUUUACAGUUUUCGCCAAUUUGUGUACCUGAGACUUUAAAUGGAAUAAGACUCA